CAGCGCACGCCUUCCUUCCUACCUUCUACCCGCCGCGGCUCCGCAGGUCUUCAACUUCCUCGCCUCCUUGCGCGAUCUGCUUCACGUUUCCCCUCACCGCCCCAUUCGCGCUGCACGUUUGCACGGCGAGCAGGCACGGACGGCACGGCCGCAAUGGCGAGGAGCACGCGGUCGGUGGCGACAGAGCGCGCCUACCACCACUUCGCGCCGGCGUCGACGCGCGGCCUCACGGGGUACCCGGCCACGGCAGGCGGCCCCGUCACGGCGGACGAGUUCGACGAGUCAGACGUCUGGGGUUCGUUCAACCCGGCAGAGGAGGCCGAACAACCGGCAAGGUCGGGCGCCGAGCUACCCCGGGUCCGCGCAGUCCCGGCUGCCCGUCCCGGGAGGAAGACCAAGCCGAUGGGCGGGGGCGGCGCCGCGCACGGGUCGCUGCCCGUGGCCAUACCGGACUGGUCCAAGAUCCUUGGGGAUGAGUACCAGGGGCACCAGGCCGGGGACUGGGAGCUGGACGACGCGGACGACGAGGACGUCGAGGGCGCCCCGGUGGUGCCACCGCACGAGCUGGCGUGGCGGCGCCGGGCCGCAUCGCUGUCGGUGAACGACGGGAUGGGGGUCGGCAGGAUGCUCAAGGUCCGGGACGCGGUCUGGAAGAAGACAGGGUUCCAGGCCUGACGCGCUCGGGCCGGCGUCGUCGCCCGCCACUACUAGCUGUUUUCUUUUGACAGAUCGAUUCGGAUAAAGCUAGCUACUAGCGUUUCUACAAGUUGGUUGUUUUGACAGAGCUUUGGCCUCCGGCGUAGAGAGAGGAGUGAAAACUGAUGAGUGAUCAUUGUUCUUCGAUUGUUCGUCCCUGCUGUGCAGUGUUUUCCGGAGAGAACGCGGAAUGUUUUCUGAUCC